GCUUACACGGACUUUUCCUGCCGGGCGAGAAGGGCUGAGCAGCCGGGCAGACAUCUCCUUUGCUGUCCUCUGGGUGCCAGCUGCCCCUUCGCCGGCUUCAAUGAAACUGGCAGCGAUGAUCAAGAAGAUGUGUCCCAGCGAGGCCGAGCUGAGCAUCCCCGCCAAGAACUGCUACCGCAUGGUCAUCCUGGGCUCCUCCAAGGUGGGCAAGACCGCCAUCGUCUCCCGCUUCCUCACCGGCCGCUUCGAGGAGCAGUACACGCCCACCAUCGAGGACUUCCACCGCAAGUUCUACAGCAUCCGUGGCGAGGUCUACCAGCUCGACAUCCUGGACACCUCGGGCAACCACCCUUUCCCAGCCAUGCGCCGGCUCUCCAUCCUCACAGGAGAUGUAUUCAUCCUUGUGUUCAGCCUGGACAACCGAGACUCCUUUGAGGAGGUGCAGCGCCUCAAGCAGCAAAUCCUGGAGACUAAGUCGUGCCUGAAGAACAAAACCAAGGAGAACAUAGAGGUUCCCCUGGUCAUCUGCGGCAACAAAGGUGACCGAGACUUUUACCGAGAGGUGCAACCCCGGGAGAUCGAGCAGCUGGUGGGAGGGGACCCCAAAAAAUGUGCCUACUUCGAGAUCUCAGCCAAGAAGAACAGCAGCCUGGACCAGAUGUUCCAAGCGCUCUUCGCCAUGGCCAAGCUGCCCAGCGAGAUGAGCCCUGACCUGCACCGCAAGGUCUCGGUCCAGUACUGUGACAUCCUGCACAAGAAGGCACUGAAAGGCAAAAAGCUGCUGAAAGAUGGGGGCAGGGGCAGCACGGAGGAGGCGUACGGCAUCGUGGCCCCCUUCGCCCGGCGACCCAGCGUUCACAGUGACCUCAUGUACAUCCGUCAGAAAGCCAUCGGCGGUGGCCACGGCAAGGAGAAGGAUCGCUGUGUGAUCAGCUAGAAGCCCCCCACCAGGAAGGGGGGAAGGA